AUGCCACCCAAACCGAAGUCCGCACCUGAAUCCCCGCCAUCCGAUGAGAUCACCGGCCAGAGCGCGCUCCCCAUCUCGCGGAUCAAGAAAAUCAUCCAGCUAGACGAGGACAUUGUGCAAUGUUCCAGCAACGCGACUUUCGUGAUCGCGAUAGCAACAGAAAUGUUUAUCCAAUAUCUUACGGAGCAAGGACACAACGUGGUCAAAUCGGAACGAAAACCACGCAAGACCAUCCAAUACAAAGAUCUCGCCGCGGCCGUAUCCCGAAUCGAUAACCUCGAGUUCCUCGCCGACGUGAUCCCCAAGACGACGACCUACAAGCAGUUCAAGGAGAAGCGAGCCAAGGAGGUUUCUAAGGAAGCAGAAGUUGAGAAGGGCCAACGCACGCUCAAUGGAAUUGUUCCGAACAAGGGAGAGACCAACGGGGCGCUGGAACAUGGCGAGUCUCCACCGGUUGUCGAGGAGAAGACGUCGAAGAGUCCGCGGGCGCCAGUGGUGAUGCAUGCGUCGGGCGCGGUGAGCACGCUGGUGGUCGAUCGUACAGUCGAGUCACAAGGCGAGGACCGCGAUGUGGAAAUGCUUGAUCAGUAG